AUGUUAAUGAACUGCAUUUAUUUUACAAUUAUGGAGAUGGUGCUUCAAGAUGAUGAAACCAAAAUAGCUCUCCAGACUAAACCAAAGAGGUGGGAAACAAGAGCAAGCAGGUGUCCGUUGUCUAUACCUGUGCGUAACGUGAAGGAUGGCUCAAGUCUCAAUGAUAUGCUGCACCACCAGGCAGUUAAGAACCAACAAUGCACAUCACAAGUUUGUGAAGGUUCUGUCAUGACUCCAAAGGCUCUAAUGCGCUGUCCCAAAGAUUCUCCUCUUGAGAUCCUACCUCAGGCGAUUGACCUAAUCAACCAAUACUACAAGUCCUACAAGUCCUUCAAAAUCCCCAAAAUUGAACAUCACCUUGCCAGAUUGGAGGAAGUUGCUAUGGAGAUAGGUUCCUGUGGAACUUAUUCGCUGACUAUGGACAAAUUAGUGUUUGGUGCUCGACAAGCAUGGAGGAACGCCCCAAGAUGCAUCGGCAGGAUUCAGUGGUCCAAUUUACAAGUGUUUGAUGCCAGAAAGUGCAAGACUACUCAGGAUAUGUUCAAGUCUCUGUGCGAACACUUACAGUUUGCCACAAAUGGAGGAAACCUAAGGUCUGUGAUUACCGUCUUCCCUCUGAGAAAGGAAGCCAUGCGUGAUUUCCGGGUGUGGAACAGCCAGCUGGUGAAGUAUGCCGGUUACCAGAUGCCUGAUGGCAGUAUCCAGGGAGACCCAUCCAGUGUAGAAUUCACUGAGAUCUGUAUCCGGCUUGGAUGGAAACCUCAGUACGGCCUCUUCGAUGUAUUGCCACUAGUCCUGCAGGUCAAUGGGGAGGACCCAGAUCUUUAUGAAAUCCCUCCACACCUGAUCCUGGAGGUUCCCAUGGAACACCCUCAGUAUAAGUGGUUCCAAGACCUAGGACUGAAGUGGUAUGCUCUGCCUGCGGUGUCCAACAUGUUGAUGGAGAUUGGUGGACUUGAAUUCCCAGCCUGUCCCUUUAAUGGCUGGUACAUGGGCACUGAAAUUGGUGUGAGGGAUUUCUGUGACUAUCAGCUUUAUAACGUCUUGGAGGUAAGGCUCACUUUCACAGGUACUCACCAUGGCUACAGCACAGGGUCAUGCUCAGCAAGAGUAGCCCACGUUUUGAAAUGUAGGAGGAAACCUCGUCUGGAAUAACCAAAAAUAUAAUUUUCUGUUUCAAAAUGUUUUCUUGUUUCAUACCUCUGCAACACAACCCUGGCUAACUUGAUAAUGAUGCCUUUUAAUGAUGUCUUCCACCACUACAUCCUCUUUCCCUUCUUCUACUACCAGCCUGACCCCUGGACGACCCAUGUCUGGAGAAAUGGGGAGAUGUGCCUGAGGAAGCAACAGAUCAGCUUCAAAGCGGUGGCCAGGGCGGCUCUCUUUUCUUCAAGCCUUAUGAGCAGAGUGCUGGCUAACAGGGUGCGUUGCACUGUCCUGUACGCUACUGAAACAGGGAAAUCACAGACAUUGGCCCAGAGACUGAACUCCAUGCUAAACUGUGCCUUCAACUGCAGGUUGCUCUGUAUGGAGGACUAUAACUUCAGUGACAUGGAACAGGAGAGCCUUCUGGUUGUGGUAACAAGCACAUUUGGGAAUGGAGACUCCCCUGGAAAUGGAGAGAGUUUCAAGAAGCAGCUUUUCUCCUUGCAGUAUCUCAGGAACAACCCCAUGUACUGUGUUUUUGGACUGGGCUCGAGGAUGUACCCACAGUUCUGUGCUUUUGCCCAUGCCGUGGAUGCCAAGCUGGAGGAGCUGGGGGCAGAGCGGGUGACGCCCACUGGAGAGGGGGAUGAACUGAAUGGACAGGAAGAGGCCUUCUCUGCCUGGGCUCUCACUGCUCUCAAGGAUGCCUAUAAGGAGUUCAACAUCCAGGGACAGCUGAGUCUGCAGCUCCCUGGGGCAGAGCGACUCUGCGAGGCCUGGGACCCUUUGAGAUAUCGCGUAGCACUGGAGAGCUGCUCCCAGGACCACAUCACAGCACUUUCAACCAUUCACUCUAACACUGUCUUCCCCAUGAAACUGAAGAGGAGACAGAAUCUACAGAGCCCCCAUUCAAGCCGGUCCACCAUUCUGGUGGAGCUGGAGAGGGAGACAAGUGCAGAGGUCAUGAACUUUGCCCCAGGAGACCAUGUUGGUGUUUUCCCAGGGAAUCUCCCUCAACUGGUGGCUGGAAUCCUAAAGUUCCUUCCCCAUACAGCCCCAACCAACCAGUGCCUACGACUGGAAUACCGCUCUGACUCCUAUGAUGAGAAAAACUGGCAGACUGUCAGACGCAUCCCAGCGUGCCCUUUGUCUCAGGCGCUCACCUACUUCCUGGAUGUGACCACGCCCCCCUGUCAGAACCUCCUCCACAAGCUCUCUCAGCUGGCAAGACAGGAGGGGCACUGCCAGCGUCUGCUGACCUUGGCAAAGGACUCUCAGGAGUACACGACCUGGAAGAUGUUCCGUAUUCCCAACUUCCUGGAAGUCCUGGAGGAGUUCCCGUCUUUAGAACCCUCUGCAGCCUUCCUCCUCAGCCAGCUGCCCCUGCUCAAGCCCCGCCUCUACUCCAUCAGCUCCUCCCCUCAGCUCCACCCCAAUGAGCUACAUCUCACUCUGACGGUGCUCAACUAUCACACACAAGAUGGACAGGGUCCUCUUCACCACGGGGUCUGCAGCACCUGGCUGGAUACCAUUAAGAAAGGAGACCUGGUACCAUGUUUCAUCUACAGUUCAGGUGGGUUCCACCUCCCAGCAGAGCCCAGCACUCCAGUCAUUCUGGUGGGGGCUGGCAGUGGCAUUGCACCCUUCCGAAGCUUCUGGCAACAACGGCUACAUGACAUGAAACACCCAGAGUUCUCUGGAAGUCCUAUGAUCCUGGUGUUUGGCUGCCAGAGUUCAGAGACAGACCAUUUAUACAACGAGGAGACACUGGAGAUGAGAAGACAAGGGGUCCUGAAGAGUGUUACAACCACAUAUUCCCGCCAGCCAGGUCACCCAAAGAUCUAUGUCCAGGAUAUCCUGAGGGAGAAGUUGGCAGGGGAGGUGCUGAGUGUGUUGCACCAGAAGGAGGGUCACUUCUACGUGUGCGGGGGUGUGAACAUGGCCCAGGGAGUUACUCUAGCAGUACAGGAGAUUCUGAGCAGCCAGCUUGGCAUUACCCUCACACAGGCAGGAGAACACCUAGCCCAACUAAAGAUUCAGAAGAGGUACCAUGAGGACAUUUUUGGAGCCCAGUUUCAAAAGUGAG